CCUUGAACGAAUCGAGAUAUCGCUCAUUGUUUGCUGCUUAUAUCCAUGAGUGUUUGCAAUCUCUUUGCUUAUACAGUUAUACUGCGUUCAUAUUGCAGCAAUCUUCUUUGUUGAAGUUUUUCUUGUUAUACUUCGAUCAGAAACAAAAUUAACCAUUUUCAAACAAUCCUGGUUAAUUUUGCUUUGUCUUUCGUUUGAUUACUUCUGUUCCUUUUCCUUUUACCUGUACUUCAAAAAGAGCACCUCACAGAUAUCCCAAAAGCGAAGGAAACUACCUCACUUUGCUCGAAGUUCAUUUUCCUUUACUAGGGAGAUUGUAUUUCAUAUAUAUACUUUCAUCUUCUAAUUAAGCAAAGGAAUUGAAGAUAAACUGCUUCAUUCUGACUAGCUGAUGAUGGGAUACACGGCUAGCUACCAACCCCCGCAUGCAGUAUCCAUCUUCUGUGGAGGGAUGACCCGAACUUCAGUGCUCUAAACCUUCUUGCACCAACUCCUACAAGACAGAACGCAGACUCUUAGUUCAUGUCCUACGACCUGUUGAACCAGCACAAGAAUUGCAGUUUCUUCGUGUUAUUCAACUCGAUCUUCUCGCGGGUUUACAUUGAUUGCAUCAAUAAGCCAACCGAAAAACAGACAUGGAGAUUCUUAGUUCAGUUGCUACAAAAGUUGUCGACUAUGCAGUUGAUCCAAUUUUACGCCAGGGAGGGUAUAUAAUUCAUUGCAAAAGCAACCUUCAUACACUACAUACUCGAGUUGAGGAACUGGUGGCUACGAGAGGGCGGGUGCAUAAUGAAAUUGUUGCAGCUGAAAGAAGAGGUGAAACAAUCAACCCUGACGUCCAGUUCUGGUUGAAAAAUGUUGAUGACACCACCGGAAAAGCAGGCGAGUUGUUGAAAGAUGAACACCAGGCAAAGAUGAAGUGUCUCCAUGGCUUUUGUCCUAAUCUGUUGACCCGUCAUCAGCUAAGCAGAAAAUCAACAAAGUUGUUGGUGGAGGUUGUUGAAUUGAAUGGAAAAGGAGUUUUUCCAAGCAUUUCAUAUGGUGGUCGUGCUGAAGAGGUAUUUCUCACUUCUACCGCAGAUUAUGAGGCAUUUGAUUCAAGGAUUUCAACUGUGACGAGAAUCAUAGAUGAAUUGCAAAAACUUGAUACGAAGGAUUGGAUUGGGGUGUUUGGUAUUGGAGGGGUUGGAAAGACCACACUGGCGGAAGAAGUUGUUAGACAAGUUAUGAAAGAUGGGUUAUUUGAGGACGUGGUCAUGGUUCGGGAUGUGAAAGAGAAUCCAGAUAUUGGUCGACUUCAAAAAGAAAUUGCUGAAAAGCUAGGUAUGUAUUCCAAUGCUCUAGAAAGUCACUCUAAAGCUGAAAGAGCACGUCAGAUAUGUGGAAGGAUAAACAACAAGAAGACACUUGUUGUUUUAGAUGAUAUUUGGAGUUUCUUUGAUUUAAAAGAGGUGGGACUUCCAGAUGUGGCAACUUGUAAAAUAUUGAUGACAUCAAGAAGUCGAGAAGUAUCAAAAAAGAUGGGUGUAAAGAAAGAAUUUCAGCUUGCGGUGUUAGGGGAAAAAGAAAGUUGGAGUUUAUUUGAAAGCAAGGCGGGUGAUGGUGUUAAAGAUCCCGAUAUACAAACUGUAGCAGCCCAAGUAGCCAAAAGAUGUGGAGGUUUGCCAGUUUUAAUUGUCACAGUUGCAAGCAGUUUACGAAAUACUACUUUGGUAGAAUGGAAAGAUGCUCUGAGACGCCUGCAAACGUUUGGGAAAAGUGGAUCGACCAAAGAAGUAUUCCUUACUCUAGAGUGGAGUUAUGAUCGACUGGAUGAUGAGGAGCUCAAGUCGUUGUUCUUGCUAUGUGGAGUUGUUGCAUGGAAGAACUCUAUCUUUCUCGAUGACUUGUUCAAAUUUGCUAUGGGGUUGGGUUUGCUUAAAGGCGUUGAUACUGUGGAUGAUGCACGAAAUUCAUUGCUUUCAUUGGUUCAAAAGCUGAAAGGUUUUUCUCUAUUGCUAGACCAUGAUGACGAAGGAUUCGUCAGAAUGCAUGAUCUUGUGCAUGAUGUUGCUAAUGAUAUUGCAUCUAGGAAUGGACAACUCAUAUCAGUAGCAUGCGGAGCUGAGUUCAAAAACUGGCCAAAAAACUCAAAAUGCAGCAAGAUCUCAACCAAAUGCAGUAGUCUUGCUGAAGUUUCUGAAGUUUUGGGAUGCAAAAAAUUAGAAAUGUUCUAUUUGCGCUGUGAAGACGGGUACUACAUGCCGGUCCAACUCCCAAACAGUUUUUUCGCAAACAUGGAAAAUCUCAAAGUGUUGGGUUUAAGAAAUGUGAAGAUUAAUUUUACAUCUCUCAAGUUUUUGAAGAAUCUUCAGGCGUUGUGUUUAGAGCACUGCGAGGUAGAAGACAUAGCUCUAGUUGGGGAGCUAAGGAAAUUAGAAAUUCUCAGCUUGGUACUCUCCAGUAUUGAACAACUUCCCGAAGAAGUUGGAGAAUUGAGUAGUCUGCGAAUGUUGGAUUUGACCGGUUGCAAUUCCCUUAAAGUGAUUGCACCUAAUGUUUUAUCAAGAUUGACAAGACUAGAAGACUUGAGAAUGAGAAAUAGCAGUAUCGGAUGGGAGGCUGAUGAUGAAGGUGAGAGAAGAAAUUCUAGUCUCUCGGAGCUCAAGCACUUAUCUCUACUUACAGCAUUAGAAAUACAUAUUCCAGAUCCUGAUAUGCUUCCAAAGGACUUGUUCUCCGAAAAAGUAGAAAGAUUCCAAUCAUUCCAUAUAUAUAUUGGCGCAAUAUAUAAUUAUGAUGUAAGGAGCGUGAACACCUUGGCACUCGAGUUCACUACCGGCGACGAAUUGGACGAAGGUCUAAAGACGUUGGUGAAGAGAUCUGAUGAGUUGAGCUUGAGAGGGGGAGAUAAUUAUGUUAAUGAAAUUGCCUAUCAAUUAUCAGAAGGAGAAGCUUUUCGGAAAGUGAAGCAUCUUUAUCUAAUCCGACUAGAUUCUACAUGCAUCAUUGAUUGGAAGAUUAACAACCUUGAAAGUGGUUGCCUGUCAUGGAAUAACGUUCUUGUUAUCGUCUUCAGUGGCCAGAAGUUUAGAUUGAAGUCUCAGUACUCUCGAGAUAGGAUAUUGUGGAAGCAUGGAGGAGAUAGUAUCCGAAGUCAUGCUGAAUUUUCAUCAUUAGAGGAGGUAUUCAACCUAGGUGCUGACAAUGUUGUACCUUGCUAUCUUUUCGACAAAAAGGUAACAUUUCCUAGCUUGGAGACGUUAAGGCUCCGUAAGCUACCUAAGUUGAAGGCAGUAUGA